CUUGGGCAGAGGAGACGCUGGACAACCAGAAGAGAGAGGCUGAAGGGUUGUCAGAGAACACGGAGGAUUAUGGAUCGAAUAGAAUUCUUCAUAAUAAAAAGGCUAUGCCUAUUCCUAAUCCUAAAUUGGCCUUGAUGUGGUCGUAUUUACGUCCCCUUCUUCUAAGAAUCCAAGGAAGCAGCCAUGCAUUUUCUGGCGACGUACUGCUGCAACCUAGAGAAGCCCAGCAAAGUGGCGGGCUCCAUGGAAGACUCACUCUUUUGCUGUAUGUGAUCAUGAGGAGGAGUUUACUUUUUGUGACAGUAGUGGGUAGGGCAGCCUACUUAACGCGUUAUUUUAGCAACACGUUUAGUAGAGCAGUAUUAGUGGGAG